AUAUCAAAGCUCCGAGCAUUUUCGCUCAAGCUGCUGCCCCAGUUAAGCUUUGUGAAGAAUUCGUUCUGAUCUGUUUUUGAGUUUCUGGAGUUGGGGGAAACGGAGAGAAGAUAUUUGUUUGCUUGAUUCCACAUGACAACUCCAGGGUAACUGAAUAGACUGUACGGUUGGUUUGACAAGGCUGCGCCCGCGCCAACAGCCUCACAUACCAGAGACCGGGGGAUGGAAGGGGAACUGACAGCCCUAAUGGAUUUUAUCAGAAUUUCUCUAAAGACCAACAAUUUGCCUUCAAUUAUUAAUGUUUUUCCGAGGUUUCUCUUCUGAGAGGCAUCCCAAGCACUUUGUACCAUCCAGUGUGUAGAGCAUGGCAGCACGUCUGUGAGGCUGCUUUAGUCUGCAUUCCUGAGAUGCUUUACUCCUGGCACUGCAAUUAACAGCUUCGGGUUCACUGCCCGCCACCGGAUUCCCUGCUUGCCACCCGUGCCCUUGGAUAUCUCACAGGAGAGCAAAGCAAAUAGGCUUUGUUUCAAAGAAUGCAACAUUGCACCCGCAGAUAUCACUGAGGAUGCCGUUGUGGAGUUGUGAGCAGAUUGUGGCUGAGGAAGUAAGUCUUGAAAUAUGCCACGGAUUUAUUCUUCGUGUUGAACGGAUGGCUGAUGGACAGGACUGUUUCCAUUCUGCCCUCAUCUAACUCCUUAGAGCACAUGGUGCGUGCAGAGGCCUGGCUGAGUGGCUGCAGGUGCCGCCAUGCACCAUCUCUUUGGGCUGGUUUUGGCACAAAGGGACCUUUCACGUGCAGGGGAUCUUUUCUCCUUGGAUGAUGCUGAAAUCGAAGGAAGCCUCUCCGAAGCUCUUGAACAAAUAAGGAUAAUUAGUUCAUCUGCUGACUACCAAACCAAUGACAAUGACCAGGCCGUUGUGGAAAUCUGCAUCACCCGCAUCACCACCGCCAUCAGGGAGACAGAGUCCAUAGAGAAGCAUGGGAAGGCCCUGGUGGCUCUCUGGGAGUCGUGUCUGGAGCACAAUCUGAAGCCUUCUGGCAAAGACGAGGACACGCCGCAUGCGAAAAUUGCAUCUGAUAUCAUGAGCUGCAUCUUGCAGAAUUACAGCCGCCCUUCGGUGAUGGCCUUGGCUGUCCCAGUGGCAGUGAAGUUCCUUCAGAGGGGCAAUAAGGAGCUGUGCAGAAACAUGUCGAGUUACCUCUCCCUGGCUGCCAUUGCUGAAGCAGAGCUGCUGGCUGAUCACACAGAUGCCAUCGUCAAAAGUGUCCUUCAAGGGAACUCACUGCUGCUGCGUGUCCUGCCUGCCCUAUAUGAGAAGCAGCCACAGCCAAUGGUGCACCACCUGCCUGAGCUGCUGGCACUGAUGGGCCACCUGCAGCCAGCCGAGCAGCACCACCUCCUGCGGCUGCUCCAGCUCAUGGCACGGAGGAAAGAGCUCGGGGUGCUGAAAGAGUGUAUUCCGUGUCUACUGGGGCUUGUAAGAGACCCCAACCACAGUGACAUUAUCCUAAACAUCCUGACAGAAGUAUCUGGCUAUGACCCAACAGCCUUGGCUGAGUUUCUUCCAGAGCUAAAAGAAAUUGGUGAGAGUUUCCCACAUUUGGUUGGGCAAAUGGCAAAGAUCUUUGGGGCUGUUGGACACGUUGAUGAGGAGCAAGCCAGGAAGUGCCUGAUGUAUUUGGUGGACCAGCUGGCCAACAUGGAGCACUCUUUUCACCACAUCCUUUUGCUGGAAAUUAAGAGUCUCACUGACACGUUCUCUGGCAUCCUGGGCACACAGAGCAGAGACAUCUACCGCAUGAGCAACAGCUUCAGUGCCAUAGCCAAGCUCCUGGUGAGGCAACUGGAGAGCAGCAGCACACCAUUAGCCAGGACAGAAAAUGAUACCGACACAGAAUCCCCUGUACCACUGGGCAAUCUGAAAUCUGUUGUGAAUGGAAAUGAAGAAGAUGAAAAACUUCAAGUGAAAAUACAGGCUUUUGAAGAAAAAAUAACUAUCGACGCCAGUACCCCUGGCUCAGUGAGAAGAUACAGCCUAGGCCAGGUUUCUAAAGAAGAAAGGAAGGAUAUGAGAUUUAACAGGUCCAAGAGCCUGGCUUUGCAUGCAGUCCGCAUGAAGGGGGUGAACGCAGACAGCGGGCAAGAUGAGGAGAAUGGGGACGUAACUGCUGGGAUCUCCUUCACUGAGAUCUACAUCAGGCAAGAAAAUGACAAGUUGCCUUUUAGUGUUGAUGCUGAAGAAAUGCAACUGGGAAAUUCCUUGGUUUCACACCAGAGUAUCGAUUGCACAGAACUGGAAGGUUCUCCAGCACCUGCUGGAGGAGAGGCCCAGGAAGGAAGCACGGAGGUGGGGAAGGGUCCUGCGGAGUGCCAUGACAAGCUCUACCUGCACUUGAAGGAGAACCUGGGUAAAGUGAAAGCAUAUGUCAUGGAGAUGGGGAGGAGGAUUCCUGUCCCUGACCAUUGUGUUAUUGAAGAUACCGUGAGAAGCUGCGUAGCAAAGCUGUUCUUCAGCUGUCCCCUGAAGGGCCACUACUGCCUCUACAGCAAAUCCAGCUUCACACUGCUCAGCCCGCAGCCUCCACUGUGGAUCCACAUCAUGUUCCUCUUCCAGCAGAGCCUGUUUGCAGAACCUUUGUCAAUGCAGAGUAGUCCAGUGCAAGUCCUCAAGGCCCUAUGGGAGAAGACGCAGCUCAAGGGGACGCACAGUUUUGAAACUGCCAUGAUCCAGUCUACAUUCCCACACCAAAAGGCCCAGGAUCUGGACCACGUGCAGAUGCACCUGGAAGAAGUGAGGUUCUUUGAUUUAUUUGGCUACAGCGAGGAGGCAGGAGCCUGGCAGUGCUUCAUGUGCAACAACCCUGAGAAGGCAACAGAGGUGAACCAGGACGGGCAGCCGCUGAUGGAAGGCAAGCUGAAGGAGAAGCAGGUCCGCUGGAAGUUCAUCAAGAGGUGGAAAACUCGCUACUUCACCCUCGCUGGCAACCAGCUGCUCUUUCGGAAAGGAAAAUCCGGCAACUCUGCUGAAAUUUCUGUGAAAUCAUUUGGAAGUGACACCGGUGUGACUCAGAGACAAGUUCACUGCUGGUCAUGGAUGAGCAGAAGGACGACCCCGACGACUGCCCCAUUGAGCUCAGCAAGGUGCAGAGCGUCAAAGUGGUGGCCAAGAAGCGCCGGGACCGCAGCCUGCCCCGGGCCUUCGAGAUCUUCACAGACAGCAAGAGCUACGUCUUCAAGGCCAAGGAUGAGAAGAGCACGGAGGAGUGGCUGCAGUGCAUCAACGUCGCCGUCGCGCGGGCCAAGGAGAGGGAGAGCAGAGAGGCCACCACGUACCUGUAGGGCUGCAGUGCUGAGCACCCCACUGCUCUGCACCCUCCGUGGGCUGCCCGGGGUGGUGGGCAGCUGCUGGGACAUGGGAGGCUGUGGGGUGGCCACACGUUGGCUGUAACGCUGCCAGAGGACCCAAGUGCAGGUCUGCGUGCAGGUAGAGAUGUAGCUGCCGUGUCCACGUGCAGAGUGCAGCUUUUCCUUCAGCCUGAUUGCCUCAGAGCUGGGAGAUGUGGCUGGAAAGCAGCCCGGGUCCAAUCCUGCAGCCUGGGUAUCCGUGGCCUUGGCUUCCUGCUGCAAAACGAUCGUCCUGCUCCUUAUUGAACCCCAGCGCCCCUCACCUUUUCCCCAUCCCUACGAAUAAAAAUCACAGUUGCUUCUCCCUUCAGGUCAGAGAUGGGGCCAUUUGAAAGAUUUAACUCUCGUUAAUGUGUGUGCAGAAACAUACACUGAAAUAUUUCAGUGUUUUGGUUUCUCGCCUCCUUCUCCCGCUUUGCCCCCAUCUGAAACCAAACAUAAUUUUAAAAAAAUCGCUGUCCUUUC